AUGCCGACCCCCGAAUCCGCGUCCUUCCUGGCCAAGAAGCCCACUGUGCCCCCAACCUACGACGGCGUUGACUUCGAAGACAACGUCGCCGUGCACAAUGCCCGCGACGCGAUCAUCCGCGAGCAGUGGGUGCGCAGUAUGAUGGCUCGUCUGGUCGGCGAGGAGCUUGGCAAGUGUUAUCAGCGCGAGGGAGUGAAUCAUCUUGAGAAGUGUGGUGUUUUGAGGGAGAAAUACUUCGAGCUCAUCAAGGAGCGCAAGGUGAAGGGAUAUCUGUUUGAGGAGAAGAACUACUAUGCCAAGUCGGCAUAA